AUGUAUGCGGACUCACAGGCCAUAGCCCCUCCCUCGCCGCGACGAGUGUUCCUCGGCACUCUAGCCACCGCCGGCUUAGCCCUCGGAGGCAACUUCCUGGGCAUCACCGGCAAGCUCCUGAACGGAGUGCCUGACGUGGCGGAGUCUCUUAGGCUCGAUUUGAUCUAUCCAGUCGGCGGGUUCAAGAGGGCCUACAACCCGGAGAAGGGCUACGAGUUCGUUUAUCCGGCGGAUUACCUCGGUGAUGCAACCAUGGUAGCACGUGCGGCGAACCAGCGAGAGGCGAUGAACCCGUUGGACCCUCCGGCGCUGGGCGACGUCCCGAAGCCACCCAAAAUCUUCGGCCAGACUGUCCAAGAGCCACAGUCUGCUUUCGGCCCGAUGGGGGGCACCGGAGAAGAGAACGUCUCGGUCAUCGUGAGCAGGUCGCCACCCGGUGGGUUUAAGCUGGACAGGUUUGGGGACGCGCAGAACCAGGCGGAAUGGCUGCUGGCUAACAUCCUCGCACCCCCGGGCAGUGGCAAGACAUCGGAGCUGUUCGAUGCGUACACGCGCACUUCAGGCGGCGGCCAAAAAUAUUUCACCUUCGAGUAUACCAUCAAAACCGACGCUUGGUACAGGCAUAACGUAGCGGUGUUCACGGAAAAAGGUGGACGGCUGUACACACUGGUGGCGCAGGUGCCGGAGGUCGACUGGGGGCGGCGGCGAGACGAAUUUCGCAGGGUGGCUGACUCGUUGAAGGUGUUCGUACCUACAGGUUGA